ACUUAUUAUUUUUAUAUAUGGAAUAAUUAAGAAAAAGGUUCAAAUAUUAUUUUUGGGUUUAGUUUAGACAAUGAUAUCACAUUGAAAACUAUUUUGUUCUAUCCUUUUUCUUUUUUGAACUGAAGUGUCGUUUCUUCUAACAGUUCAAAACCUAACCCUCCUCAUAAUUAGUCUUUACAUUUCAAAAUCUCACUUGCUUCUCCACAUUCAUCUGCUCUCAUGGCUCAUUCCAUCUUCUUCUUCUCUCUCUUCCUCUUUCUCUUCUCCAACUCGCCGGCAGAUGCAGAUUCGUUUAUCGGAGUAAACUACGGCUUACUCGCCGACAACCUCCCCUCACCGUCUGAUGCAGCCAAGCUCAUCCAGUCCAGCUCCAUUCAAAAAGUGAGGCUAUACGGCGCAGAUCCCACCAUCAUCAAGUCCUUAGCCGGAACCGGCGUCGGAAUCGUCAUUGGAGUAGCCAACGGAGAUCUCCCAUCCCUCGCCUCCGAUCUCAACGUCGCCUCUCAGUGGAUCGGCACCAACGUCCUCCCUUUCUAUCCCGCCUCCGACAUCAUCCUCAUCAAUGUCGGCAACGAGAUUCUGUUGUCGAAUGAUCUGAACCUGGUAAGCCAGCUUCUUCCGGCGAUGCAAAAUGUCCAAAAGGCCCUUGAGGCGGUUUCACUCGGCGGGAAAAUCAAGGUGUCUACGGUUCAUGCCAUGACGGUGCUGGGCCAAUCUGACCCGCCAUCGGCUGGUUCGUUUGCUCCCGGUUAUCAGGCCGGUUUAAAAGGCAUCUUACAGUUUCUUAGCGAAACCGGGUCGCCUUUUGUCAUCAACCCGUACCCGUUCUUUGCGUACCUGGGUGACCAGAGGCCUGAAACGCUGUCGUUUUGCCUCUUCCAGCCUAACCCUGGACGUGUCGACUCCAAUACCGGAAUCAAGUACAUGAACAUGUUUGAUGCUCAGGUUGAUGCGGUGCACUCAGCUUUGAAAUCGAUGGGAUUUGAGAACGUGGAAGUGGUGGUGGCAGAAACAGGCUGGCCAACGAGCGGUGAUAGUAACGUGGUUGGUCCCAGUGUUGAGAACGCGCAGACUUACAAUGGGAACCUAAUCGCUCAUUUAAGGUCUAUGGUUGGGACUCCCUUAAGACCCGGCAAACCCAUCGACACUUAUAUUUUCGCUCUCUUUGACGAGAACCUCAAGCCAGGUCCUUCCUUCGAGCGAUCUUUUGGCCUUUUCAAGCCUGAUCUUACCAUGGCCUACGACAUUGGUCUCACUAAAACUAGUAGUAGUGGUAGUCAGACGUCACAGUCUCCACCAUUGGGAAAAUCAGCAACAUCAGUGGGAUGGUGUGUGCCAAUGGAGGAUGCGACUGAGGAGCAAUUGCAAGCAAGUCUAGAUUGGGUUUGUGGACAGGGAAUUGAUUGUGGUCCGAUAACGCCAGGAGGGGUGUGUUUUGAGCCUAACAAUGUCAUGUCUCAUACAGCCUAUGCUAUGAACUUGUAUUUCCAAAAAUCUCCUGAAAACCCUACGGAUUGCGAUUUCUCUCAAACUGCAAGGAUUACAUCCAAUAACCCUAGUUAUAGCAAUUGCGUUUACCCAAGAGCAGGAUGGUCUGGAGAUGAAAGCCUAGGAGGAGCGAUGAAUAAAUAUGUGACUUCAGACAAAACAAUAGAGACGAAUGGAUCAGAAUGCUCCUCCUCUUUUCUGUCUUUGCCUCUCUUUAUGAUCAUCUUUUUCAUUGUUCUUCCACUUUCCCACCAUAUGAAUUUCUUGUAGUUGCCUUUAUUUAUUAGUCUUAAAACCUAAUUUUCUGCCCCUUUUCCAUCUAAUCAUUUUGGUUUUGUCCAUUAAUCAUAAGCCUUUUUUUAUAUAUAAUCAUUCGCAUUAUCCUUGUAGUAGAACAUGAUACUUGAUACCCAUUAGUGUAUCUUUUCAAAAGCAGAUUCGAAAGGUGAAAAGCAGAGCGGUGGUUUUUUCAAAAGGAAUAUGUUCCUUCCAAUUUUCAUUUCUAUCUCAAAUACAAUGGGUGUAAAUGUUUUCAACGAUUUAUACAUAUGGAUGCUUAUGUAUGCCUGUGUAAUCUUCCAAUACAAUACAAAGUAAAGUAGACAUAGGAAGAGAGAGAGAUGGGUUGGUUUGUUAAGGAAAGAAGAGGAGGUGCUUGGAAGCGAGGAUGGUUGGAAGAAACACUGUUCUCGUCUUCAGCACCUCCUCUAACACUACUAACUCUCUUUGCCAUCAUAUCUCUGCUCCUCUUUCUCUCCUCCUACCCACGUUACAGGUACGAGGUUGAGAAAACCGCAAUGAAUCUCAAGCUCUUUCUCAUGUUCCUCCCAAUUCUUUUUGUCUUUCUGCUGGUCUCUUUGCAGUUCGUCCAUCGAAUUCUCUUCAGAUCCUCUUACUACGUCAGAGCAAACCAGGCUGCGUCCCUUUUUGGAGAAGGCCACUUUCCCUGGGGAGUCUUGCUUAUGCUAGUUCUUUUACUUCUUUUGGUUUCUAAACAAUCUUACUUUCACUCCUUAUGGUACCCGACCUUAUGAUCUUUCCAUCUCGUUUCUUUAUAUUCCAGAAACAUACUUUAUAGAUUGAUAUUUGUUUCUUGUAAUCCACAUCCAACUCUACACAUGUGUUAUGUGCUAACCUAUUUUGAUAUGCUC